UCCCAGUCUGGGGCGUUGCUCAGCGGCUGCGCAGUGUUCCAGUGACCGGCACGGUAGACGGAGGAGAUCCAGGCCGAACAGACAGCAUCAUGUCCGGCCAGUGGCCACACAGCGCAGCCCGAGGGCGAGAGUUCAACAGCAUCAUCCAGACAUGCAGCGGCAACAUCCAGAGGAUCACUAACAACACUGCGCAGAUCCGGACCUUGUUGAAUCAACUUGGAACCAGUAAAGAUUCUAGUAAACUUCAGCAAAACCUUCAACAGAUUCAUCAUUCCACUAAUGUCUUGGCCAAGGAAACCAACACCUACUUAAAAGAUCUCGCAUCUGUACCUACUCCAUUGUCUCCCACAGAGCAGCGUCAGCAAAAACUGCAGAAGGAGCGUCUUAUGAAUGAUUUUUCCGCUGCACUUAACCAUUUUCAAGCUGUUCAGAGACAAGUGUCAGAAAAGGAGAAGGAGUCAGUAGCUCGUGUCCGAGCUGGGUCCCGUCUGUCCGGUGAUGAGAGACAGAAGGAAGAGCCACUUGUUUCGUUUGAUAAUAAUGAAGAUUGGAACCAAAUGCAAAGUCAAGAGGAAGAUCUUGGAAUCACAGAACAAGACUUGGAACUUAUAAAAGAGAGAGAGAGUGCAAUACAAAAGUUAGAGGCAGAUAUUCUUGAUGUGAAUCAGAUUUUUAAAGACUUGGCAGUAAUGAUACAUGACCAAGGAGAGAUGAUAGAUAGUAUAGAAGCCAAUGUUGAGAGUUCAGAAGUCCAUGUGGAAAGAGGAACUGAACAACUACAAAGAGCAGCGUAUUAUCAAAAAAAAUCACGGAAGAAGAUUUGCAUCCUAACCCUGGUCCUUGCUAUAGUAGCAGUUAUCCUGGCUCUUAUUAUAUAUUUCUCUAUAAAGUCGUGAUCCAUAUUUCUUAAUCUGACAUACUGCACAAGGGCCCAAGUCUUUUGAUCAUGUCUCAUACCUGUCUGUCUGUAAAUAUUGACUUCCUGGUGUGCAAAAAAUCUGCCUAAAGUAAGCAUCUAGAUGCAGAAUUCUAAAAAGUUCAGAAGUGGGAUACAGAGAAAACUUUUAUUAUGUACAGAAUAUGUUGAGCAGUAUAGAUGGUAUGAUGAUGGGGUACACCGCUUAUAUCACGGGGUUAUCUAUGCAGCUGACUUCUAACUGGCCCUUAUGAAGCUUCUCAUCCAGGAUUUGUAAUGUUUUUGGCAUACCAUAGCAUAUUAGGACUUGGGUCUUUCUAACACUACACUGAUCUCUCAUUCAGCUGCUGUGCACUCUGGGCUGUCGACCAGCCCUUUGUAGAUACUGUCUCACCUAAUGACUAUUGUUAAUCUGCACAAGUAUCCUAACUUUGUUUCCUUAUGGUGCCUGCCCUUAGCCUGUAUAUAUAGUAUACAGCUUUUUUGUGCUAUAAUGUUCAUUAGCUAGUAUCAAUAGCAAAUAAAAGGAAUCCUGCAAUAUUUUCUACUCACUGGACAACAAUGGAUUAUUCUUAUGACGUGUGUCCUAUAUGUAUACACAUUAUGUGAUCUUCCUGUAUAUACUCUCUCAUUUUAACAUUCUUUCUACUUUUUGAUGUUGAUGGGCCACACAGAAGAUAAGUAAUAUAUAUAAUGUAUGGAUAGGCAUUACAAUAUACAUUACAAAUAUCCUUGCGUGUUGUCUUUUAUUU